AUGGCGAAGAGUCCAGUUCGAACCGACGAGACCAUCUCGACAACGGGUAGACAGGUUCUGGUGCGAAAGCCAAAAUUUGCGGAUUAUCUCAGAGUCUUCACAUACGCGACAAAAUGGGACUUUUUCGUCUACGUGAUCGCCGCGUUUGCGUCCAUCGCAGCAGGUGUGACACUCCCGCUGAUGAACAUCAUCUUUGGCCAGCUCGUCGGUCAGUUCACAGGUUACUUCAGCAACGACUCAACCAUUUCCCAGUCGCAAUUUGAGAGCCUCCUGAACCGCCAGGCUCUGUACAUCACGGCUCUCUUCCUCGGCCGGUGGUUCCUCAACGCCAUCAACAAGUUCUGCUUCAGAAUGAUCGGGAUCCGUCUAUCGUCCGCCAUCCGCCUGCACUACCUCCGCUCGCUGUUCGACCAGUCAAUCCAUGUCAUUGACUCGAUGCCUCCGGGCGCCGCCGCGACGGCCAUCACUGGCACGUCAGCCACCUUGCAAAUCGGCAUCUCUGACCGCCUGGGGACAUUCUUGCAGUUCAACGGCACGAUAUGGGCCGCCCUGGUUAUUGCCUUUAUCUGGAGCUGGGAUCUCACCCUGGUCACUUCCUCGCUGAUUCUAUACAUUCUCCUGGUUCUGUCCUUCUGCCUGCCGGUUAUCGUCAAGGGAGAGACCGCGACGACGGAAGCUGAUGCUCAAGGUACCGCCAUUGCCAGCGAGGCUCUCGGCGGAGUGCGACUGGUAAUGGCUUGUGGUGCACAGAAGCACAUCAUUUCUCGUUACGAGGGGUGGGUGCACGAAGCCAGGAGGCGGGCUCAGAAAACCGCUCCCAUAAUUGCGAUUCAGUUUGGCCUUAUCUUCUUUGGCGUCUUCGGCGCUUUCGGUCUGGCUUUCUGGUACGGCACUCAGAGAUACAUCGCAGGCGCCCUCAGUGAUGCCGGCGUGGUUGUCGUGGUACUGAUGUCAGUAAUGAUGAUUCUGACCUCGUUGGAGAGGAUUUCAACGCCAGUCAUCGCUGUCAGCAAGGCAAUGGUUGCGGCUUGUGAGCUAUUUACCGUAAUCGACGCUCCUUUGCCGCCCCCGGGUACUCUGAAGCCGGAAAUUGACUCGGAAGAUAUUGUCUUCGAAGAUGUAACGUUCGAAUACCCUAGCCGAGCCGGCGUCAAGGUCCUCAACUCGUUGAGCUUCCGCAUACAGCCAGGUCAAAACAUCGCUCUCGUCGGCCCAUCCGGAUCGGGCAAGAGCACCAUUGUCGGCUUAUUGGAGCGUUGGUACAGCUUGAGAGAGCAGCACGCCUUGCCUCGGGUUGUUGAGGAUUCAUCGUCCGAGAAACCAGAAGCUGAGAGGGUUGAAAGUGUCACCGACGAGUCCAAGUCACUCAUUCGACCCGAUUUGUCCGGCUCAAUCACCAUCGGCGGUGUAAACCUGGAGGAUCUUGACCUCAAGUGGUGGAGAUCGCAGGUUGGUUUGGUCCAGCAGGAGCCCUUCCUCUUCAACAACACCAUCUUCAGCAACGUCGCCAAUGGUCUCAUAGGAACCGAGUGGGAAAAUGAAACCGAGACAGCAAAGCGUGAGCUUGUUCGUGACGCAUGCCAGGAAUCAUACGCCCAUGAGUUUAUUAGCCGGCUACCUGAUGGCUACGAUACGCGAGUCGGCGACGGCGGAGCAAAGCUUUCAGGUGGGCAGAAACAAAGACUUGCAAUUGCUAGGAGUAUUAUCAAGAAGCCGCGCAUCAUCAUCCUCGACGAAGCGACCAGUGCUAUUGACGCCAAGAGCGAGAAGAUAGUCCAGGCCGCACUUGACAGAGUUACCCAGGGCCGGACUACGAUUACUAUUGCCCAUCGGCUUUCGACAAUCAAAAAGGCCGACAAUAUUGUAGUACUACAGAAAGGCCAGGCGGUCGAGCAAGGCACCCACCAGAGCCUCCUGAGUGACGCAUCCAGUGUCUAUAGCUCACUUGUAAGGGCUCAAGCAUUGAACCUUUCAACGCCUGUAAAGGCCUUGUCGGACGCCUCUGCCUCUGGGCUUGAUUCGGAAACGGAGGAGAAACUCAAUGGCCACGACCAUUUCAGGAGCGCUGCCUUCACCGAUACUGCCGAGGGCGAGUCGUCCAAUAAGUCCCGAGGCCUGGUUCGUAGCUUCGGCAAGCUCCUCUUCGAAAGGCGGGCAAAAUGGACAUCGUAUUCUGCUGUCAUCUUGUCCUGUAUGGCGACCGCGGCCGGUACGCCGAUACAAGCCUGGCUGUUUUCAAAGGUCAUUGCUGUCUUCCUCCUAACCGGCGACGAGCUGAAAAGAAAGGCGAACUUCUGGGGUCUGAUGUGGUUCGCCCUCGCUGGAGGCGUUGGUCUUGCAUACGUCGCCCAGGGGUGGGUAGGCUUGCGCCUCCAGUACUUUGUCAGCGCUGAGUACAAGAGGCAAUAUUUGACCGACAUGCUUCACCAGAAGAUUAGCUUUUUCGACCAGGAUAAGAAUUCCCACGGUGCUCUGACUGCCAGAGUUUCGGGCGACGCGAAGCUGCUGGAGGAACUCCUCGGACUGAACCUGGCGAUGCUGCUAUCCGGCGUCUUUACCGUUCUCGGAUGCGUCAUCAUCGCUCUGAUUUUCGGCUGGAAGCUCGGUCUGGUUGCCAUGUUCAUCACCAUGCCAAUCAUGUUGGGCGCUGGGCUUUGGAAGUAUAGACACGAGGUCCAAUUCGACAAGAUGAAUAUGGCCGUUUUCGGAGAGAGCUCACAAUUUGCCACUGAAGCUAUUGGAGCCAUUAGGACGGUCUCUUCCCUUGGCAUGGAGUCGACCAUCAACGCAAGAUACGAGAAGCUCCUGAAUGGUCACAUCCUCGAGGCACGCCGCAAAGCGCAGUGGACAGCUGCGCUGUAUGGAUUUGCCGAUAGCGUGAGUCUCGGUUGCCAAGCAUUGGUGUUCUAUUACGGCGGCAGGCUCCUUGCUACUGGCGAAUACACCAUGGAGGCGUUCUUCGUCUGUUUCAUGGCCAUCAUUCAGGGUGCUGAAGCGGCAAGUCAAACUCUGGCUGUGGCACCGAGCGCUGCGCAAGCAGCCGCAGCUGCAGACCGUAUCCUCGACGUCCGGGAGUCGGCGGACGUUGGCCAAAGUGCGACGAGAGGAAUAGAGGACAUUGCCGAGUCCGAAGGAGGUGUACGGGUCGAACUGCAGGACGUCCAUUUCAAGUACCCCACGCGCGAUGUUGUCGUCUUUGAAGGCUUGAACUUAACAAUCGAGAAAGGCCAGUACGCGGCCUUUGUUGGGCCCUCGGGGUGCGGUAAAACGACGAUCAUUUCACUACUGGAACGGUUUUACGACCUGAACCGAAAUCACGGCUCUAUCCUCUGCAACGGCGUCGAUAUAAACGAGCUCGACGUCUACGACUACCGACGAAACCUGUCUCUCGUACCGCAAGAACCCAUCAUGUUUCGGGGGACAGUCCGAGACAACAUCCUUUUUGGCAUCGACGACCCCAGCUCCAUCUCGGACGAGAGGAUACAUGAAGUUUGCAUCGACGCCUUCAUCCACGACUUUAUCAUUUCGCUGCCCGAGGGCUAUGAUACCGACGUCGGGGCCAAGGGUGUCUCCAUGUCAGGCGGUCAGAAGCAGCGCAUCGCCAUCGCGCGCGCCCUCAUCCGCGAGCCCAAGCUUUUGCUCUUGGACGAGGCCACCUCGGCGCUGGACUCGGAGUCGGAGAAGAUUGUGCAGGCGGCCUUUGAGAGGGCGCGUGAUGGUCGCACAGUUGUUGCUGUGGCCCACCGGCUGUCGACUAUUCAAAACGCCGACGUAAUUUUCGUGUUUAGCGAGGGACGAGUGGUGGAGAAGGGAAGCCACAGCGAGCUCAUUGGGAAACAGGGCGUCUACUGGGAGAUGUGCCAGAGCCAGGCUUUGGACCAAUAA